AUGGUUCAGUUCUGGAAGAGACGUUUAUUUUACUUUAUGGCUGAAGUAACGGUUGAUGACGAAGACAAUGUUUCUGCACAUUCUACGCGAGGAAGGAUGAAACGUACAUACUCAAAGCAGUUAAUUUUUCGUAUUGUUAUGUGUCUUUUGCAGGUAAUUGAUUUAUUUAAUGCACUCAUUAUGCAUUACGCAUUUCACCUCUUUAGAUUUUUGGAAGCAUUUUGGAAUCAAUACCUCAGGUGCUUGUACAAGGUAUUGCAUCAACUCAUGCAUUUAUCCACUGAAUCCAUCGAAUAA